UCCAGUCAGUCGAUAGCCGUCGGGGGCGUCGUUCGCACACACACGCUCGCCUCUCUCUCUCUCUCCUUUUCUUCUCUCCAUUCGGUCAGAGACUUGCCAGUUGUGCUGAUGUUGUUCUCCUCGUCUCGCAAAUUGUCCGACGUAUCCGCGUCUGUUUUUACUCGACUGUGUCUACAAAGCGUUGCGCAAGCAUUUCAACUUUCAUUUGAUUAUUGGCUCGCCGGUCUUCUCGUCCGCGGUUUUACCUGAGUGCAUCAACCGCUUCCGUUAUUGUUUGGCGGGGGGAGAAAUAAGAAAUAACAGAACCGAGUCGACCUAUUUCUAUGUUUCUCUGACGUUUGGUCGGCGUGAACAAUUAAACGAUUCGAAAAGGAGACGAAACUCAAUUGCCGCUAGCGUGCUAGUGUCCGGUGUGAUUUCCUCCUCAAGUGUGUAAAAACACACGACGUGCUGAGCCAUCCGUUUAUGUACCUCUCUUUUCAUUUUGUCCCUCUCCUGGAUUUUUUCUUUCACCUUUUUAACGAACGGUAAUACCGUUGGACAGCAACGAAAAACUGACUCCACCCGGCUCUCUGUGUGUGCGUUCCUCUGUGUGUGUGUAUGUGUGUGUGGGAGAGAGACCUGGUGGGUUUACGGCGUAGUUACUGUGUACGUCCCGACGAUAUCGCCCAUUCACCAGUUCAUCGGCCUUCAGUUUCGUUAAUACACUGUGCCCGUUUUGCGUUUGACGGCGUAGUCUUUCUUCUGAAUGGUGGCAGCCUGUCUUGUUUACUGUCCCGUUUCCGAUGCUCUCCAACUCGAGAGCUGUGUCUACCCCACUUCAACUCUUUGGUGAAAGCGUCACCUAAUUGGCAACUGUCAUCAUCAGCCAACAACAAUUAGUGCGCUAGUGCUCUGUCUCCGAAUUUGUUUAUUCUCGAAAACUCUCUUCCUUCCCACAGCCUCCCCUCCCCCAUUUUUUUCUAAUCCUCCACCUACACCUUCUUACCUCCUGAUUUUCGUUCAUCAGUUUACUAUCGUCACUCCAACGAGGCGGAUAAAUUUUUAUUUUAUUUUUUAAAAACUUUUUUAACUGAGUUGUGCAGCUCCCUAUUGAAUUGUCGCAAAACAGUUAAGUGUUUCCGAGUUUUAGUCGUCUCCGGUAACACCUUCAACUGUCGACCGAACUUUUUGGCUUGACGAGUUUCGACUUGCAUUUGUCAAACUUGACAUCGGACGACUUCACGUACACGACUUGUACCUUGCAUCAAGUUUGAACGAUUUCACGUGCUGUCGAUCCAAUAUACAACAACCCCUUACUUACCAACUAUUCCGAGGCAGGUCGCGUUGACGUUGUCUUGAUCCCCCCAUCAAGACUUUGGCUCGACAGACCAAGGGGCUCUCCAUCAAGUCGGAAUUCGGGACCCGCCCUAUCGUCCGUCUUGUAUCUACAAGCAUCACAUAGUACACACACACACGAUAACGGGACGGACGUCUUUAUUGACAAAUCUUUGGCCCGUUUUCUUUUAAAAUGAGUUAACCUAUAGUCUCAACGAUCUGAUCGCAUCCAAGGGUGUGCACAGUGGCGGGAAACGAGGCGAUCGGUUGGUUCAGUUAUAAUCAACGGGAAAAUGUUAUCUAGAAGCGAAGGUUCGCCAAGUAGCAGAAGUGUCACUGUACGCCAACAGCACUUGACAGCCCAUUGCACAUUAAUUCGUCUACAAAAAAAAAAGAAAAAGAAAUCGAAACGGAGUGUGGGUGAAAGAAAGAGAGGGAUAUUAUCCUGGAUGCCUACCUACGGCGAGGUUAGUCAUCUUUCUGCUCUCUCUACUAGAGAAACCAACAAACCGUUGUUUCAAGUCCAGAAUCCGUGAAAAAGUCGAGUUUUCCAUCGGUGUUGUGUCGAUUAGACAAUUUGCAUCUCCAUUUUCAACUGUCACCUCAACGGAAAAAAAUAAACGAUCCUCCGCCAUGGCCUUAAUAUCGCUACCGAAUGGAGACAGGACGUUUCUUCGUUUAUUGGUGUGGUCGAUGAUGAUCUGUUGCCUCACAGCCGCCUGUCCGGAUUCGUGUACCUGCAAGUGGAAGGGUGGGAAACAGACGGUGGAAUGCGUGAACAAGGGACUUAUUGCUUUGCCUGAAGGCAUGGAUCCUGAGACUCAGGUGCUGGACAUUUCCGGAAGCACUUUACAAAUUCUACACCGGACGUUGUUCCAGCGCUACGGACUGGUCAACCUUCAACGCGUCUACUUGGCUCGCAGUCGGUUGGGACACCUGGACGAUCUCACGUUUCAAGGAUUAACUAAUUUGGUCGAAUUAGAUCUCAGCGACAACAUGCUGACUUCUAUUCCGGUGGCUGCUUUAUCGGAGCUACCUGCCCUAAUGCGACUCUCUCUUGCACGUAAUCCCGUGCGCCGCGUGAGCGCCGACUCGUUCCGCAACCUGCGCUACCUGAUUACGCUAGAACUCAGCCAAUGCCAAAUUGAAGCUGUGGAAGCCGGCGCAUUUGACGGCCUCAAGGCGCUCGAAUGGCUCAAGCUGGACGGUAACGCUCUAGCGAAUAUAGGCGGAUCGGCCGUCCUUCCGCGCUCCUUGCACGGUGUGACGCUACACGACAAUCCAUGGCGAUGUGACUGUCAACUGUCGCAACUAAGAUCGUGGCUGGUCCAGUUCAACAUUCCGCUCUCUAUGGAACCGAAAUGCUCCCAACCUGAGCGACUUGCUAGCCGUCUAGUCAAGUCGCUCGAUCCCAUGGACUUUGCCUGUGCUCCGCAAAUUUCAUCAUCCGUCACUAUCCUUGAGGUAUCGUUCGGUGACAACGUGACGCUCAGUUGUCACGUGACUGGUGAUCCGGAUCCUCGCGUCUCUUGGUUCCAUAACGGACAGAAAAUUACGGCUACGUCUAGUAGUACAGCGCUUUACUCUUCCGCCAACGAAACGGAAGUUGCCGAAACGAGCUUCUACUACACCUUCAUUGGCGUUGACGGAUCAGACAGUCAACGCAGCGUCUUGAACAUCGUCAACGCCACAACCAAGGAGAACGGAUCGUACGUUUGCGCGGCCGAGAAUCGCGCCGGAUCGGCCCGCAAUAAUUUUACUUUGCUUGUCCUGCCACUGCCGACUCUACCUCCUCCACCGGGCAGUAUCGAAUACGUCAUCACAGUGGGAGGAGUGGUAGCCGCCAUCGUUAUAACGAUGGUUGUUAUCGUUAUAGCCGUGGCCGUUCGUUGCUGUUGUUGUCGUCGUCGUAGUCAUCGGACGCGCGACAAGACCGCGAAUAAUAUUGCAUCUAUUGGUGGUGUAGGAGACUCAGCCAAAACUAAGAGCAACUCCAGCCUUUCUCCAGAGUUGCCACCACGUCCAAUCCAGAUGUUGCCAUCGUCAUCCAACAUUGGCAAUAAAGGCGAUAACGGCUAUACCAUGGGAGUCCCGUUGCCCGGCGGAGGGAGGGUAGGAGGAGCAGGACGCGAAUAUCACUCAACCGCUCUUGACAGCUCGCUAGAUCAAAGUCCGGAUUUGAUCAACGAUACAACGGCUACCGCCAAGUGGAAAGAACAGAACGCACAAGCCGUCUCGUUGGACGAUGGCCAGUUUUCACCGACUUUGUAUGCCAGUAGCGCAGCAUCCCCGUCCAACGUCAAUGCAAGUCAAUACUACCCAUGUUCUGUUCCGCAGUUGUCGACAAUUAGCGAGGCCGUCCUCCAGCAACAUCAGCAGCACUUUUACCCUGCUCAAUGCUCGACUAAUGUCUACAACAGUUCUAGCAGUUUGGCUGUUCUAAAUCCCGCUGGAUACCUGGUACCAAUGUCUAUGCCUGGUCUACCAUUAGUGGAUGCUGAAGGGUUUCCCAUCGACUACGGUCUACCGCGACCCAGUCGACCGACUCGGCCGACCCAGACUCACGUCCGAUUUGCUGAUCCACCGUCGGUGAGCGUACGCCAUUAUGAGAAUUACGUCGUGGAUGGCGAUAAUCUACAAGAAGCGACCAUGGAGAACUUUUUACCUGACCGCAAGUAUCCCGACUCAUACGAUCCAUUGCCCAGUAGCCCAUUGAAUUGCAGCCAUCAUUCGGAAAUCCGUUACCCUUCGGAACGCUAUCCGCAGAAUUUCUCUCCACCUUCUUUCCCUACUGGUUAUAACGCAACUGGUAACUACGAAGAGAUCAUCGCCGCCCCACCAUCCGGCUAUGCUGGACAUCAAAACCACCAACACCAGCAUCAGCAACAAGAAUACAUGUACCCACCGCCUGGUCAAAUGAUGAAGCCUAACUCGUCGACGAGUAUCGAAAGCUCUGAGAAUUCGACUCUUACAUUGACAGGUGGUGCCCCGUCAUCACCUUUAGAUGUCAGCAUCAACGAUGCAUCCUCCUCCUCGCCGGGAUUCCUGUGUUCGUCGACCUUACAGCGACAACCGCACGAAUCUCCUGACGAAGGAUAUGAAGACGAAGGGAUUGAUGGCACUGAAAUAUGAAUCCCGCAAUGUUUAAAAGACAUACAAAUGUAAAGGGUCAGACAAAGUGGCAGCCAUUGUUUUUAUUUUUUACAUAUACUGUACUAGUAAUUCAUUCUGUGGAGCCAAUCGAAUAAUCUUCUUUAUAUGUAUGCUGUUCGUCGUGUCUUCAGCUAUGUGACUUUGCGCUAAAUUUGUCCUGAAAUUGCCUAUAAUAUGAGUUGAAAACCUAUACAAUGAAAUCGGUUUUCGUUGAUGAUGUAUAAUUUACAAACUAACUCUUUUUUUUAUUUACAAAUUAAUUCUCGUUGCAUUAUUCUAAUUGUUUUAUCGUUUGCGCAGUGCGCCUGUCGUCAAUGAACGUCUUUCUUUGAUGUCCUCCUGUACUCUCCCCCCCCCACGAAAAAAAAUGGAAGAACAGGAAAAAAAAAUUUAAGCACAUAAGGAAAGAAAAAAACAAUGAUGAGCAUCAUCGUUGAUUUUACGUAUCUGUUGUUACUUGCGCAAUUAAUACUUACAUAGCUGAGGUUGUAUCCAGGUGACGGUACAUAGCUGUCUAUUAUUUGGAUGAACACGGUUAUGGAACUUCACAUGAGAAUGCAUGCGAACUGAUUUUUGUAUGUACAUAUUUUAAUAUACACGAUGCAAAAAUGGUUUAUAUGUAACCGAGCAAGAAGAAUAUAAAACAUGGAUUUCUUUACCA